CAAGUUAUAAGCUCAGAAAGUCAGAAUAGAAAAUCAAAAUCCCCUAAUACGAAGAAGAGAGGCAAUAAGGAAUCCAAUAGAGAAAAGGGAAAAAUACACACAAAAAAAAGUUGGAGGCUUUAUCAAAAUAAGACAAAACUCUGAGCCUUAAAGUGUAAAUACAAUAAACAUGACUUCGUCUUCUUCCUUCUCCGUCCAUUGCUACACAAUAGUGCCCUUCGAAGCCGAAGCUAAAUCAGAAUGGCUUCAAAACUGAAAACCUUCACCAAUCUCCAUGGCUACACAAUAACAACCUUACUCCACCAGAGUCGAUCACUAUCUUCAAAUCCCUCUUCACGAAUUCUUACACCUAUCAAUCAAUCGCACUACAGGAAACGAAUUUUACUAGCGAAUCUUCUUCAUAGGUAUGGCUUCCCUCCUUCUUCUCUCCAACACUUCCUCUCUAGAAACAAUCACCUAUUGAAUUUGGAUUUAGUAGAAACCGAAGCAUCUCUCGGUAUCUUGUUAUCGUUAAAAAUCCCUCAGAAAUCUCUCGUUUCGUUGAUUUGCGAUUGCCCUAAUGUUCUGCGAUCAGAGUUCCUGAGGAAAUGGAGAGUUCCUCUGUUUGAUUGCGGUAAACACGGUGUCUCAUCUUCCGCGAUUAAGAGCGUCCUUGAACAUUCUAGUAGAAUUGGGAUUGGUCCAGAUAAGUUUUAUGAGUGCAUAAGGGUUUUGAAGGGUUUAGGGUUUUGUGAUAGUACUGUGAGUAGGAUCUUAAGUUCAUUCCCAGGUGUUCUUUUAGUGAAUGAGAUUGAAAUUCACAGGAAGAUUGAAUUUUUAGUUGGAAUCGACAUUCCUCGAGAUAACAUUGAGAGGUUUUUUCACGUUUUUCCUGAGGUUCUAGGGAUUGGUACUGAGACCAGACUUAAGCCAUUGCUUGAUGAGUUCAUAAAGAUGGGGUUUAGCAAGGAUGAUAUAAAGGAAGAGAUUGCUAGAGAACCGAGAGUUCUUGGUUUGGAGUUAGGUGAGCUUCCGCGGUGUUUGGAGUUGAUCAAUACAUUGAAAUGCCGGGAAGUGAUCAGACUUAGUAUAAUCAGCGAGGGAGCAUUCCGUGCUGGGUUUGAAGUGAAACUCAGAGUUGAUUGUUUAUGCAAAUACGGGUUGAUUCGUAGAGACGCAUUCAAGGUUGUGUGGAAAGAGCCAAGGGUGAUCUUAUAUGAGAUAGAGGAUAUAGAGAAGAAGAUUGAGUUUUUAACUAACAGAAUGGGAUUUCACAUCAAUUGCUUAGCUGAUGUACCGGAGUAUCUAGGGGUUAACCUCCAGAAGCAGAUCGUUCCACGGUACAAUGUCAUUGAUUACUUGAAACUAAAAGGUGGGCUUGGCUGUGAUAUUGGAUUGAAAGGUUUGAUAAAACCUAGUAUGAAAAGAUUCUAUAAUUUAUACGUGAAGCCAUACCCAGAGUGCGAAAGAAUCUUUGGCAAGAGAAAAGAGAAUGCGCGAGUGAAUAAACGACAUCCCGCUGGGCUUUGGAAGCUUAUGAAGCCACCUAGCUAUCUAACAACAAAAGAAGAUGUAGUGAACAUGAAGUCUUUUAUAGAGUCACUUGCUUAGAAGAUUUGGAUCUUAUACUGCUUGAAACAAAGAUUGCCUCUUACUAGAGUGAAAAUGAUCGGCCAUUCUCUUGAGGAUUCUCGCUUCCUCACUUUGCUACUCUGAAAUGAUAUUGGUUAUCAGGAAACUUCCAGGAGCUAUCGAAUCCGAUUUCAAUUCGCUCGAGUUCAUGGCUUGAUUAUUCAAAGGACAAUGCAUACUCCUGAAAAAAAGUACCGAAUAAUCAUAUGCUCACUUCUCGUUGUGCAUCUUGGAGACGGAAGACAUCUACCAAUGCCAUUGCCUUCGUUUCCAUGUCUCUGCCUUUACUGCCUGAUAGAUUUGCUGAGCAAAUUGGUUCUUAAAAGUCAAGUGUAUGUUCCAACAGUAACUACUAGUUUGGGAUGUUACGUGGGCCGAGCCAGGCCGGCCAGUAGCCCGUUUUGGCAACUUUUAUGCUAGGCCGAUCCAUCUGUUCCGUGAUCCAUCUCAAACAUCUUCUUUUUUUUUUUGCAUUUAUACCAAAAAUAUUUUGUUGACAACAAAAAGUCUUUCUUAAAAACUAUUUUCAAGCUGAGCUAUAGAAAACGAUGAACAUGAGAUUUAGAUUUAUUUAAGGCAGAAUUGGUUA